CAUGUAUAUAUGCACACAUGAGGUAGACCAGAACAAGUCCUAAAACAACAUCUCCGCCCGACACAGUCUCGACGGCGACGCGCACAGUCAUGGCGUCGGGUCAAGCGUCUGAAUGCUGACGAUGAAGAUGAUUCAGUCUGCUGAUAUCUUAUCAGCGCUUUGGCAUGUCUUCUCCCACGUCCUAGGGGGCCACAACCAAUCCUGACCGGUCACUGGUCCACUGCCAGCCCUCCAACGAAUCCCUGUGCAUCUCCAAGACCUUCUCGCGGUCUUGGGUGUCUCUCUACUCUGCCGCUAAUUUUUUCCUCUCCACCAGACCCGUCCUGUCCCCUUCUAGGGCCGUAGGAGACGUUCGGGUUUGUUGCGCUUUUAAAGCUGCUGCCUUACCCCCGUUGAUCGCCUUUCGAGGCUUUUGCUUCUGUACUUUUGCAAAUCUCUCAGGUGCUGGAGCUUCGAAUUCGCUAUCAUGGCAGCAGCGGACAAGUCGGAGAUUGAUGCCGGGUCGUCAACAACACCAGAGAAGGACGUCGAAAAAGUGCAAUCCCACAGCAAUGUCAGCAACAAUGGCGUCCCACGGAGAGGAUCCGUGACUGUAGAUAUUAUUCAGCAUCAAAUGUUCGACGGGCAGUACGAGACGACGCAGCGUGGACUGAAGUCGAGACAUGCGCAAAUGAUUGCACUGGGCGGCACAAUUGGCACUGGUCUAUUCGUCGGUACUGGACAGACAUUGGCGGCCGGCGGCCCUGCCUUUCUGCUGGGAUGCUUCAUCUUCAUGUCAUUUCUUGUCUUCUGCAUUGUGAGCGCCAUUGCUGAAGUCGCCGCAUAUCUGCCCACGCCCGGCAGUUCCAUGAACAUGUUUGGUUUCCGCUACGUGUCACGGACGAUGGGUUUCUCCAUGGGUUAUCUAUACUUUUACAGCCUGGGCGUCCUCGUUCCCUACGAGAUCACAGCCGCCGGUCUGGUCAUCGAGUACUGGAACUCCCCGGUGAACAUUGGCGUGUGGAUCACCAUCAUGAUCGUCGUCAUCGUAGGCCUCAAUGCGCUGCCCGUGAAAUUCUAUGGAGAAACAGAAUUCUGGUUCGCUGCAACGAAGGUCAUCAUGAUGAUCGGCCUGCUGAUGGUCUCCUUCAUCCUGUUCUGGGGCGGUGGACCAAGCAGAGAUCGGCUGGGAUUCCGAUACUGGCAGCAUCCAGGGGCCGUGAACGAGUAUCUGGCAAGCGGAGACCGCGGCCGGUUUCUCGCCCUCCUCCGAACCUUCGUUCUCUCAGCCUUUCCGUUUGCCUUUGCGCCAGAGCUGCUCGUCGCAACAGGAGGCGAGAUGAGAUCGCCCCGUCGAAACAUCCCGAUCGCAGCCCGGCGCUACAUCUACCGUCUCAUCAUCUUCUACAUCGGCUCCGUCCUCGCAAUCGGCGUCAUCGUGCCGUCCAACGACCAGCAACUCACCAACGGCGGCCAGGGCGCAGGCUCGUCGCCGUUCGUAAUCGGCAUGAAGAACGCAGGCAUCCCCGUCCUCGACUCCAUCGUCAACGCCGGCAUCCUCAUCUCCGCCUGGUCCUCCGGCAACUCCUUCCUCUACCUCUCCAGCCGCUCCCUCUACUCCCUCGCCCUCUCCGGCAACGCACCCAAGAUCUUCAAAACCUGCACCAAAGCCGGCGUGCCCUACUACGCCGUCGGCGUCUCCGCACUCUUCUGCGCCCUCGCCUACCUCAACGUCGCCUCCUCGUCCUCGGUCGUCUUCAACUGGUUCGUCAACCUGACCAACACGUCCGGCUUCAUCUCCUGGAUCUGCUGCUGCGUGGUGUACCUGCGGUUCCGCAAGGCGCGGAUCGCACAGGGGAUCGUGACGGACCUGCCGUAUUCGUCGUGGAUUCAGCCGUGGGGGUCGUGGUUUGCGAUGGUGGUGUUUUCGUUCUUGUUGUUGAUUAAUGGGUUUGAUGUGUUUUGGGACUUUGACAUUGCCGGGUUUUUCACUGCUUAUGUGGGCAUCCCCCUUUUCCUCGCCUUCUUCAUCGGCCACAAGAUCUACGCCUGGCACGACCCCUGGGCCCACGACCCCAUGGACGUAGACUUCCAAACCGGCAUGGACCUAGUCCUCGCCGAGGAAACGCCCCCGAAACGCACCGGCCCGCUGCCGUGGUAUUUGUGGAUCAAGUAUAUCUGGGAGUAGGUCGUAGUUGUCCUUGUUGUUGUAUCAGAGCCGAACACAGGCUACGUACGUGCGAGGCGUGUAGAGGUAUGUAUAUAUCGCCCAUAGCAACGUCCGGGCGCGCUUUAGGGAUGAAAGAUAUACAGCAGACCGGGCGGACGGGCGGUGAGCUUCGUUCUUGGUUGGUGCGGUGCUGCGUGGCUUGGCUUGGCUUGGCUUGGCUUGGCUUGGGUAUAUAUAUAUGUAUGAAAUGAAAAAGGACAUGAAAGGAAAUGAACGAAAAGAAUGGGAGGGAACUUUGUCCUAUGUGCUACGUGCUAUGAUACAUAGCUAUUCUUGGCCUUACCCGCCUUAGCUCCCGCAGACCAGAACAAGGGAG